AUGAGUGCGUACGCCCCUCAAGUUGGGUUGGAUGAGGAGGUCAAAAGGCAUUUCUGGGAGGAUUUUGACAAGAUUGUGCGUGGUAUUUCGCACACUGAGAAGUUAUUCAUAGGAGGGGAUUUUAAUGGCCACAUUGGGGUGACGUCUGGGGGCUACGAUGAUGUGCAUGGUGGUUUCGGUUUCGGAGUUAGAAAUGGAGGUAGUACGUCCCUACUAGAUUUUGCUAAGGCUUUUGAUUUGGUGAUUGCUAACUCUAGUUUCCCGAAGAAGGAGGAGCACUUGGUCACCUUUCAGAAUUCGGUGGCCAGGACCCAUAUUGAUUAUCUACUCUUAAGGAAGUCUGAUAAAGGUCUGUGCGCGGACUGUAUCGGGGGUCUUGAAGGGUCAUCUGGUGGUCGUAAAGGGGAUUGGUGGUGGAGUAUUGAGGUUCAAGGUAAAGUGGAGGCCAAGAAAGUGGCAUAUCUGAAGCUUCUGGAGAGCGUGGAUGAGAAGGUGAAGAGGGCGAAUAGGGAGCGGUAUAAGAUGGCUAAGAAGGAAGCGAAGUUAGCAGUUACUGCGGCCAAGACCGCUACAUUUGAACAUUUGUAUGAGGAAUUCGGAGGUAGCGGAGGGGAUAAGAAGUUGUACAGGUUAGCCAAAGUGCGAGAAAGGAAGGCUCGGGACCUAGACCAAGUGAAAUACAUCAAGGACGAGGAUGACAGAGUUUUGUUGGAUGAGGCACCGAUUCGGCAUAGAUGGCAGACUUACUUCCAUAAACUCUUGAACGAAGAAGGGGAUAGGAACAUUGAGCUAGGCAACUUAGAAAACUCUGAGUGUCGUUGGGACUUUGAGUAUUGUAGACGUAUAAGAGCUCAGAAGGAUGACGAAGAUGCCCGAAGAAUGGAUAUGGAAUACGAUGGACCCGCUGUAUAA